GCUGCCCGGGACAAGGGUUUUCCAGAGGACUGCGAGUUUGUAAUUGAAGUACAAGGAGGUGGCGCCAUCUGCAGCAUCGAGGAAUUGGACGAGACUCUGCGCAAGAGAGAAAAGGAGGCAAAGCUGUACACGUUCAAGGUGGACCACUUUUAUGGCGGUGCGGCUACGAGCGCCGUCCAGCAGCAGCAGAGGCCUGUGGUGAUCCUAUACGGUGACCUCGGGGCACCGGGCUUCAGGAGCUUCCAUGAAGCUCUCGAGGAGCGAGCCAAGCGUAGGGAGAUCAGCUACGUCCUGCGCCACUUUGUCAGGACUCCCUGUGCGAGCAAGGUUCGUCUGUCUGGUUAUGGAGUGGAGCUGGCCAUUAAGAGCACAGAAUACAAGGCACAAGACGACACUAAGGUUAAAGAGGAAAAAAAUGUAGUGGACUCUGAAGAAGUUGAAAAAGUUGAAAACAUGGAAGGCUUUGACAUCAAGAAGCUAAAGGAGCUGUAUCCUGACAAGAAGGACCAGCUGAAUUUGCUCAAGGCCCACCUGACAAGCUCUGGAACUGAGCUGGCUGCCUUGAAGGUCUGGGAGCUUCAAGAGCUGAGCUUGCAGGCUGCACAGAAGAUCCUGCUUGCCCCUCCCGAGGAUGCCCUGCGCACCAUGAGAGACACCUCGCAGAACUUUCCCUCGCAGGCGCGCUCACUCGUGAACGUCGCCGUCAGCCCUGAGCUCAAGAAAGAGGUGGAAGACAACCAACAUUCAUUUGCCCACUCACUGAGCCUGGAGCCCACGGACGGGGCACUCUUCCUGAACGGCCUGUACUAUGAUGUGGAGGUCAUAGACCUCUUUACCCUGCUUCAAAGUCUCAAGCAGGAGACCCGCUUGCUCGAGGGCCUGCACAACAUCGGCGUCCCCAAAGACCUCAUUCCAGGCUUGGUGAAGGUGGACCUGGUGAACAACAAACAAGAGUAUGGAGUUGACAUCAGAGACUCUGCUGUUCAGUACAUCAAUGACAUCGAGACUGACUCUGUGUAUCGCACCUGGCCAAGCAGCGUCCAGGACAUGCUGCGGCCCACCUACCCUGGCAUGCUGAGGCAUGUGCGCAAGAACAUGUACAACCUGGUGGUCAUAGGCGAUCCUUCCAAGGACAAUGUCAAGGACAUCCUCAAGCUGGCAGAGUCAUUCUACAUCCAUCGGGCUCCUCUGAGGAUAGGCCUGGUGUUUGCCGUGAAUCCCAACAUGUCUGUGACUGGAAACGAGGAUGCAGGCGUGGCCAUGCUGAAUGCCUUCAACUUCAUCAGUCAGAACACUGUGCCAUAUGACGGAUUGUCUUUCAUUACUGAUGUAUAUGCAGUGGCCAAAGGUGGACCCAUUACAGCAGAGACAGUUAUCGCUCAGUUCAAGCUCAAGUUUCCCGGAGAAGACCUGGAGAUGGUUUUUGGAGAAGACUCAGACUACGACACUGGACGCAAGCUGGCUUGGGAGUUCAUCAACAAGACUGGGAUCACUGGCUCACCACAGGCACUCCUGAAUGGCGUAUUGCUGAAGCCAGGUCACUUGAAUGCCGACAUGUUUGAGGAAGGUGUCCUGACUGAGAUUAUGAAGCAGACCCCUAUGAUCCAGAAGAGCGUCUACAAGGGGGAGUUGAACGAUUCCAAGAAUGUACUGGACUUCCUGAUGGAACAGCCAAACAUCAUGCCUCGGCUGAACCAGCGAGUCCUUGCACCAGGAACCAACUUUGUGGAUCUCACUGGGCGUGUCGUUGUAGGGCUGACUCCCGACGACUUUGCAUCGCUCUCUCCUCCUGACAUGGGUGCCACAUUUGCAUCGCAGGUUCUUUACGUACUCCCUAAAGACCGGACGCGGUACUACCCACUGACUGCCUGGGUGGUAGGAGACUUCGACACACCAGAGGGACGACACCUGCUGCGUAGUGCCAUGGAACAUCUGGACAGCACCAAUGACAUGCGCUUCGGUGUCAUUUUCAACCCCGGCGAAUCAAGUGCCGCAAAUGGCGAAUCUGUAAAUAAGGUUAUUUGGACGGCACUCGAGUCACUGCCAGCACUGGAGGCCAUUGGGUUCCUGCGAAAACUGCUCUCGGAGAAGAACUACGCUGAAUUUGCUGCUGGCCGAAAGAAGGCUUUCGAGUUCCUUUCACCCAUGUUCAUAUCAACUGGCACUCAACCGUGUUCUCGUUGGAUGCAACUUCUUCGCGACGUGGUCCGAGUGUGCCAGCUUCUCGCUUGCCUUGGUUAUUUCUUGUCUACUGCUUGCACAACAUGCUGGAUUCCUCUUGCUCCGACCAACAACCUCUUUCUCCUGGCAGAUAAGAACAUCCGGCAUCGAGCCUGCGCCCUUCAGGACGCAGCCAAUGCGCUCGUCGACACCGAGCUCGACUGGGGCUUCGAGAAGAUCUGCCAGGACAUCGUCCAGGCUCGCAAGGAAAGAGGAGAGGAGUCAGUGCCUUAUGUACCGAAGAACUACCAUGUCGCUCCGCGACCCGCGCCGGUGACCUCAGACGCCCCAGUACCUGAUUUGCCACACGUCGAGGCGUCCAACGAAGAGGGAGGCCCGAAGAGGUACAGCCGAAGGCUUAGGGGAUUGGUGGUCGCAAGCGACGAAGAGGACGCGACGGAAAACGGCGCAGCCGAGGCAACUCGGGAAGACAAGACCGAAAAUCCUCCUUCCGCGCAGACAACUGCCACUCGGGAUGCCACGGCAGACGUUCCCGACGCAUCAACGCCGGAUAGCCAGUCAUCAUCCAAGCCUUCGUCGUCUAGCAAGGGAGGGGAGGCGUCUGGCGGCGAACGGCGGGCAUACCCCGUGGUGCGCCGGCGCAAGUCGCUGUGGUUUGGCAGCUACCGUCGCCACGUGCUGCGGCAUGCCGCCUCUGCUGCUGCUGCUCCGCCCGGCCACAGAAAGACGCCCGCUGUGAUCGACAAGGUCUCAUCUAGAAGUUCGGCAAAGCGGCGGCGGUCGUCGUCGGACGGAGCGGGAAAGAACUGCGACUCGACGCUACCGGUCGCCAAGAUUGUGGCGAAGGACAGGUCGCCAUCGAUGGAAACCCGGCAGACAGCUGCUCCUACACGGUCAAAGGAAGCUAGUCCCGGCUCAGCUGAGUCGAGCAAAGCACAACAGGAAAAGGUGGCACAAGCACAGGGAAGUCAAACUGGUGAGGUAACUGAGGAUGCAUCCUCCGUUGAAG